UCACCCCGAGUUCAAUGGAAUUCUGAAUGCCAGUUCUAGACGACAGGGUCGCCGUGCACUAUGUGGCUUCGAGCAGCAGGAGGUGCGACCAAAUCGUCCGCCAGUCGACGCGCCUCUGUAAGAGUGUUUGCAAGAUGGAAUUCAACAGUGACGCUGGGGGAGAUAUCUACCUCACCUCGCUUUCCAGGUGCGACCGGCAGUCCCCUCAGUACCAAAAUGGACUUUUUGGUGCCGAAAUCCUUACCACCUAUUGCCACCUAUCGGGUCAUGAACGCGGAAGGGAGAGUGCAGGAUGACGCUCGCGCACCCCCGGACGUGACAGACGAGCAGGUCCUUGAGUGGUACAAGAACAUGUUGACCGUCAAUAUCUUGGAUACCAUCAUGUCCGAAGCCCAAAGACAGGGUCGACUGAGUUUCUACAUGGUCUCAGCAGGCGAAGAAGGAAUCAUGGUAGGAUCAGCAGCAGCGCUUGGACCCGAUGAUGUGAUUACGUGCCAGUAUCGGGAGACGGGAGUGUUCAAGCAACGGGGCUACACGCUUAAGGACUUCCUCAGCCAGUUGGUGCAUAACAAGAAUGAUCCUGGCAAAGGACGCAACAUGCCCUGUCACUAUAGUGGGAGAUUGAAAACAGGAGUGCAUGCUGUUGCAUCGACGCUCGGAACUCAAAUCCCCCACGCCACGGGAGCUGCAUAUGCCUUGAAGCUCGCAGAUCGAGAGACCGGGAACAAGUCACCGAGAGUUGCGGUAGCAUAUUUUGGGGACGGCGCAGCGAGCGAAGGGGAUUUUCACGGGGCGCUGAAUCUUGCCGCUGUUCGCGACUGCCCAGUCAUUUUCAUUUGCCGUAACAACGGGUUCGCAAUCUCUACGCCGACAACGGAGCAGUAUCGGGGCGAUGGCAUCGCAAGCCGUGGCAUCGGGUACGGCAUUGAAACUUUGCGAGUGGACGGGACGGAUAUCUUUGCGGUCUAUGAAGCCACGAAAGAAGCACGACGGCGGGCUCUCGAGAACGGCGGACGUCCUAUUCUCUUGGAAAUGAUGAGUUACCGCAUUUCCCACCACAGCACCAGCGACGACAGCUUUGCCUACCGGACGCAUGAUGAGGUGAACCCGUGGAAGACUCGGGACAAUCCGAUUGCCCGGCUCAAGAAAUGGUUGGAGAACAAGGGUCUUUGGAGUGACGAUAUGGACAAGGAGACGAGAAAUCAGAUACGGAAAGAUAUUUUGACUGAGCUGAAGGCUGCUGAGAGGGAGAAGAAACCACGGCUGAGUUCGGUCUUCGACGACGUGUAUGCGGAGUAUUCGGAAGAGCAAGAGGCUCAGCGGCAGGAACUCAAGCGUCUGAUGGAGAAAUAUCCGGAGGAGUACGAUGCGGAGGACUAUGAAGGCGGCCUCAAAGCUCUGUAAUAUCCUCGAGUAAUACGGCUGUAGGUAGUAAUAGACUUGAGGUUGAAUGCAG